GGACAGGUUUCAACUAAAGGUUCCAGCUCCUCACUCCUGAACAAAAGCACCGACCUAAACUUUUGAAUUAAUUUGGCAAGCUACCUAACCCUGACGAUGUUAAGGAACUAUGACUGGUAUUAUUAUGCUGCCUGUCUUUUAGUGUUACUGGAUCAACGCACUUAUGUUGUGGGUAAGCUCAGUUACUCCUUUACGUUGGUUUUCCACGGACCGGAAGCACCUUACGCUCCUGGCGACACCUACAACACUUCCUGUUAUGUGGAAGCUUCCGGUAAUGACAGUUUGUCGGAUCUGGAUGUGUAUUUGAAUUUCGGCAGUAUUACGUAUUGUCACAACAACCAAGCGGUACAGACGGGCAGGAAUCAUAGCUGCGCCGAAGCUACGGUACAGAAUAGGACGACGUAUUAUUUCACACUUCCAGACCUAAGAGUCGCUGACAGUGGAACAUACUCUUGUAAGAUUUCCCAUAAGACAGAGGGGGACAAGGUGACCAUCAGCCAGAAUAUAACUGUUAGGGAUCCGUUUGGUAUAACAACUCAAAGUGUCCAAGUGACAACGUUAACUCAAGAUGGCACUGGAGGUUCCACACCAAUCCAUUCCCAAACAUUUUCAGCACUGUUGCUUUUGUUGGCAGUUGUGGCAUGUUACUCUAGUGAAUGAAUAUAACCCUAUUUAAAUCACAUGAGAAGAAAUCAAACAAGCAAAAUAAAUCAAAAGUCAUUAAUUU